AUGUUUGGGGGGAUUUCACCUAUUAUUUCUCAUGCAUGUUAUAAGCACUUUGUUACAUUUAUUGAUGACUUCAGUCAUUUUACUUGGGUUUAUUUUUUAAGAGCCAAAUCAGAAGUCUUUUCAGUCUUUAAGCGUUUCUUUGCUCUUGUUGAGACUCAAUUUUCUAGCCUCAUUAAGAUCUUGCGAUCUGAUUGUGGGGGAGAAUAUAUGUCCAAUGAGUUUCAGAACUUUCUCCAAAGUAAGGGUAUCAUCUCUCAACAUUCUUGUCAUUCGAUACCACAGCAAAACGGUGUUGCUGAAAGAAAGAAUCGUCAUCUCCUAGAUAUGGUAAGAACACUCUUACUUGAAUCAUCGGUACCUUCUCAAUGCUGGUGUGAAGCACUUUCCACUUCGGUAACUUCAAGUUUGAUCAGGGAAACCACAGAAAAUGAAUCUGCUAAUGCAGGUUACAGAUUCGGUCAAGGGGAAGGAACUUAUAAUAUCUUAGCCGCUCAUGGUUCUUUAGGUUCUUUAAAUUCUGUGGGUGGCGUAGCUACCGAGAUUAAUGCAGUUAAUUAUGUCUCUCCUAGAAGUUGGUCAAGAACUUAUGAUGUCUCUCAAAAAGGUUAUAUUUGCUAUGAUUCUCAUGCUCAACGUAUUCGUAUUUUUAGGAAUGUGCCAGGACUUGUGUAUGAACGACGUAAUCGUAGGUCUGAUCCUCCUGCUGAUGUGCCCCCUCCUGAUCUCGAACUGGCACCUGAUCCUCCUACAGUUCCCAUCUGUCUUCGUCGGUUUACUCGUCAUUCUCGCCCACCUGAUCAGUACGGUUUCUCAUCUCCUGUUUCUUUUGCAAUCCAAGCAGAACUUCAGGCCCUUGAGGUGUCUUGCCUUCCUACUGUGAAACCUAUUGGAAGCAAAUGGGUUUUCUCUGUGAAACUUCGUUUUGACGGCUCCUUGGAUCGGUACAAAGCUCGUCUUGUAGCUCUGGUCAUGGAACCUACAUCAGUUGGAUGUGAAGAAUGCCUUUCUUCACGGCGAUCUUCACGAAGAGAUUUAUGUGAAGCUCCCUUCGGUAUGUCUACUUCAUCUCCUCAUGAUGUUUGUAGACUACGAAUUUCUUUGUAUGGACUCAAGCAGGCUCCCCGGGCUUGGUUUGAGAAGUUUCGUAGCACACUCAUUACCUUUAGUUUUGCACAGAGUCAGUAUGAUUCUUCUCUCUUCUUCCACAAGUCUACCUCUGGUAUUGUACUUCUCUUGGUUUAUGUGGAUGAUAUCAUUAUUACUGGCACUGACUAUGGUUUUAUUUCAAAGCUUCAAAAGUUAUUACAUGCAACUUUUCACAUGAAAGAUCUCGGCCAACUCACAUACUUCUUAAGACUCAAAGUUCAUCAUCAACCCAAUGGUAUUUUCUUAAACCAGCAUAAGUAUAUUCAGGAUCUUAUUGCGUUAGCGGGGUUGGAGAAGUCUUCUUCUGUGGAUACUCCUAUGGAAGUCAAUGUAAAGUAUAGGAAAGAUGAAGGGAUCUUCUAG